AUGCUAAGACAAGCAAUCAGAAGGGCUUCUAGUUUGCCCCCACACGCACUAAAGCCAGCUUAUGGCCCUGGUGACGCCGCCGCUGCCAAGGCUUUCAAGGAAAUGGCCCAGAACACAAAACAUCACGCUAAGGAAACCUCGGGUUUGUGGUUGAAGAUCUCCUUCUUCGUAGCGGCUCCUGCAAUUGCCCUGGCCGCCGUUAACACCUACUUUGUUGAAGCUGAGCACGCCGAGCACCGCAAGCACUUGAAACACGUACCCGACUCUGAGUGGCCCGCUCAGUACGAUUACCAGAACAUCAGAAGCAAGCCUUUCUUCUGGGGGGACGGCGACAAGACCUUGUUCUGGAACCCAAUUGUCAACAGACACGUCCAGCAAGAGUAA